AAUAGCUACUGCUGGGUGCGGGCGAAUUUGUGCCCCACCUCCGAAGGAAACUAAAACCGGCACCCUGAAUUUCUCAUCGUUCAAGAGCAGUUUUACUUCCAAUGUUAAUUUCCUGAAGAGAAGAUUCAGCUCGGGAGAUUUAUCUUCCGAGGCUGAUGACAUCGAUCCAAAUGAUUUGCCACCGGCAGCUCGCCCCAUCCAGGAACAACCAACGAAACCACCAACGGCGGUUUCGUCGGGUGGCCCCCCAACUAUGCCACCACCACCGGCACCGGGCACCGCCAACAUACCGCCACAACCAACGGGCAAUGCACCAGACUUCUCGUUAAGUUUUGGCAAGACAACAACAGCUACGAAUAAUCCAACGGCCAGUGCUGCUCCACCGCGUGGAGUCAGCGCCCCCACGAGUCCGGCUAAAUCGCGUGAAAGUCUGUUGCAACGUGUUCAAAGCUUAACGGGAGCCGCACGAGAUCAAGGCGCUUCAAUUUUGGGUGCUGCGGUGCAAAGCGCAACACGUGCUCCAGCCUUUAACAAGGAUAAAUAUUUUACGCUAUUGGUGCUCGAUGACCACAAUACAGAUUGGUCGAAAUAUUUCCGUGGCAAACGUUUGCAUGGCGAUUAUGAUAUACGCGUGGAACAGGCGGAGUUUAGGGACAUAACCCUUCACGCCAGCGCAGAAUCUGGACCGGUAGUAACAAUGGAAGUACAUCGUGGUGAUUCUAGGAUCCCUCGCAUGUUCCGACCAGAUUUUGUUCUUAUCCGCCAGCCACCACGUGACGGUGCUAAUGAUUAUCGUUCAACAAUUCUGGGCUUGAAAUACGGUGGAGUGCCCAGCAUCAAUUCAUUGCAUUCGAUUUACCAAUUUCAGGAUAAACCUUGGGUAUUUGCUCACUUGCAGCAGCUGCAACGCCGUUUAGGUAAAGAAAAUUUCCCUCUAAUCGAGCAGACAUUCUUCCCAUCACCAAAAUAUUUGCUUAAUUGGACCAAGUUCCCCUGUGUACUAAAGGCUGGCCAUUGUCAUGGCGGCAUGGCCACAGCACGCUUUGAUAACCAAAUGGGUCUGCAAGAUGCUGCCGGUCUGGUGUCUGGCACCGGUUUUGAAGGACACUGUUACUGUACAAUUGAACCGUAUAUCGAUGCAAAAUUCGAUGUUCAUAUUCAAAAGAUUGGCAGCAAUUAUAAGGCAUUCAUGCGUAAAUCCAUUACCGGCAAUUGGAAAACAAAUCAAGGUUCAGCAAUGCUGGAACAAAUUACCCUAACAGAGAAGUAUAAAACUUGGGUGGAUGAGAUCUCCGAAUUAUUCGGUGGCAUGGAAGUGUGCGGUGUUUCGGUGGUGGUUGGCAAAGAUGGUCGUGAACACAUCAUCAAAGCAUCGGACAGUACUUUUGCCCUGAUGGGUGAUUCGCAAGAGGAUGAUCGUCGGCAAAUUGCUGAUUUGGUAACAUCGCGUAUGCAGAACGUCUGUCGCCCCGGCAUGAACCAACAACAACAAUCUGUUGGUGGUCAUCACAGCAAACUUCCAUCGGUCUCGUCGCGUGGUCAAAGUCCCACUGAUGAAAUCGGUCAUCCACCAACCGCUCCCACUGGCCCUCGUCCAGCUCCCAUGGGUGGACCACCACCCAUCCCAGAACGUACUUCACCAGCUGUAGGCUCCAUCGGAAGACUCAGUAGCCGUAGCAGCAUUUCCGAAGUACCCGAAGAGCCUCCAGCCUCAGCUGGCGGUGUUCCACGUCGUGACUCGCAAACAUCACAGGCUUCGAGCAUAUCCUCAGCCUCCAGGGCACAACAACGUCCUCCGCAAACUCAGACCUCGGUGGUCGAGGAUGCGGAGGACACCAUGAAGAAUUUGAGGAAGACCUUUGCGGGCAUAUUUGGUGACAUGUAGGAAUUAGCGAACAAGAAACGCGGAAGAACGGCGAGCGAGUCGGCCAAUGGUAUCGGUGGUGGUGUCAGCGGCGGCGACAGCGGUCGCGGUAGUGUGGCUGGCAUUAAUGUCAGCGGCAUUACAAGUGCCGGCAGCUCGUUUUUGGGUAAGCAAUUUUCAUUCGCCUCGGGUAAGACCAGUGCCUCGGCAUCUUCGGGUCUGGGUGAUUCUGUAAUAUCGGCCCAGCCACAGCCGAAGGCGUCUGAGGGUGCUGCCGAUGCCCGUUCGGAUACUUCAUCAACCUCAACACUGACCGCCGGCAGCGUCAGUUCGAGCAGCAAGCCCACUUCCAGCGUUUUAGAUGAAUCGAAAUACAAACCGGUUACAAACUUCGAGCCACAGGAACGUGUCAAUCCCUUCGACAAGGGUGCCAUAAAGGCCAGUACCACCACAGCAACAUUGGCCAGUACAUCUUCCACCACAUCAUCAUCAUCGAUGUCGGCUUCAUCGAUUUCAUCACGCAUCAAUGUUCGCACCGACAGUAAUUUCAAAUCACCACCACCACCCUCAAGGCCACCGCCUCCACCACCACAGCAGGCAGCAUCGGUGGCCACCAACUCCAGUCACACCUAUCAGAGUUCGACUGCUUCGAACAAGGAUAAGUCCAGCUAUAUUUAUGGCAGCUCAACGUCGAUUGAAACCAUCACGCGCAUGGAUACAACCAAUACAGCUACCCACAGCAAUCCAACAGGAACCACAAGCCUAGGGCAAAGUAGCCAAAAUACCGGAAAUACC